CUUCUGCUCUUGACGAUGAACAAACGUUUUUUCAAUUCCCAUAACGAUAGAAAAAGUGCGCUGAAGUCAAAAUUAUGAGAAAACGUAACAAGAGAAAAAAAAUAUACUUCUCUAAAGACCGGGGAAAUAGAAGCGAAAAAUAGAGCUGAUGGCAGAUCUGGAACGUUUACAGAGAAAUGAUAACAGGAAAUACGUAUGACUUGGAACAUCCAAAAUGUAUGCAGAUUCUAAAAUUUAAAAAAUCUUUUCAGGAUUAUCAACUAUCAUGCCGAAGCGGUGAUUCAAAAGGUGAUAUUUUCGGAGAAAAGGUCAGUUUUGUGCCAAUGGAAAAGGGUUGAUGCACUACGUUGCCAUUUUUUAUUUAUAAAAAUAUCAUUUCGAACAGUUUUUCCCGCAGAAGUGAAUCUGAAAAGCUCCGAUCAUACAUAAAAUUAAAACGACUUUUAGUGUCCUGUUAAAAUCGUUUGCUAACGAAUUCAGUUUUAUUUUAGAAAUUCAGUGUACGAUAACUCAAUUUGAUGAAUGGUUAAGUCCAUUAAAAGGAUUGAGAUAUUAAAAAAAUUUUAAAAUAAUGCUGAAGUUAGUCUAGAAAAUGGAUUAACGAUCCUUCGAUAUAAAAAAAUUUAUUUUGCCACGCUGUUAUUCUGGUAACAGUACUAUUCUUGGAGUAACACAUAAAAUUCUAAGUGCAAUACAUAUUGUUGAAUCAUUUCUAAGGAAAUGAGUUGGUAUCGAAGAUCUAGUGCACCAGGACUGAGAGGUGCAAAUAGAAGAAGAAGCAGUGCUGGUCAUGGUUUAGCUACAGUUAGAAGAUGUAGUUUGACACCAAGUAAUAAUUCUUCUAGAAUACGUUCCUCUUCUAAAGGACAUGUGGGUCGAGAUUUUGCAGAUGACGCCAUCGAAAUGUCGCUGCCACCCUUGGAAGAUUUACCUCUCAUGACGGGUUACGAAAUGGCAACCUUCGAACCAUGUACUAUUCCACCCCCACAAAUACCAAUUAUUGUAGAAACUGAGCCAUCAGAGAUAGUUGCUGAUUUGAAGCCCUUCACAGAAUUACCUCAUUUGUCGGAAAAGGAAGUAAGAAGAAUAUUGAUCCGAUAUGCAGAUUCAAAAUGUGCUUACGACAAGACAGCGGCAAGGGAGAUGAAGCUCACAGGAGUUGAUUUUCAGCCAGGCUAUAAAUAUACGUUGGAGACAUUCACGGAAACACGCCAAGUGGCCUGGACCUUUGAACCAUACACUGGAAUAUCGCUGGACGAGCCUAAUGAGACGGUGGAGCCUCCAGACCCAUGGGGUAUAGAGUGUAUUCAGCCUAAACCUUUCCACGGCACCUCUAUCGUCUUGGAUGUCCCUCAUACGGAUGUCUUAUUGACAUGCCACGCGUGUGGUGGCGUGGGGAGCAAACGAUGCACCGCAUGCUCAGCAGCUGGUUGGGAGAGGUGUUCGCUGUGCCUAGGAGACGGAAUAAAAUUGUCUAUGCAAGGACAAAGAGAAAGAUGCUUCCGCUGUAUAGGGACAGGUAGGAAAAAGUGUUGGAAAUGCGGAGGCAAUACAUUAGCUAUAUGCAUAGGCUGUAGUGGCACAGGACAAAUUCGUUGCUUCAUAUCCUUAACAAUCACGUGGUCUAGCCAUAUAGACACAGAUAUCUUGGAGCCUCCAGACACUAUAGCGAUCUCAGAAAAAUUGGAAUAUGCAAAUGGACAUUUGAUCUUCCAAGACGAAAAACCAUUGAUUCCAACUAUAGUUUUUCCUGUUAGUAAAUUGCAGGAUAUUGCCAUCUCUCUUCUUGAGAAACACAGAGAAUUAUCCUCAACAGAUAGAAUAUUAAUGCAACGACACGGAGUGUGGGUCAUACCAGUAUAUUAUGUGCAAUAUGAAUGGAAGGAGAAACAAAGAAGAUAUUAUGUAUUUGGAGUAAAAAACGAUGUAUAUGCGCCACAUUACCCUGAGUCAUACUGCUGCUGUGUCAUUUCAUAAGAUAUGGGAAUGAAGAAAAAAGUGAACAGAAAUAAUACCAUUUUGAAGAAGGAAAGAGUCAAGAAAUUUUAUAUUGCUUCAUCGUCCAGUUAGGGUUUUAACUAAAAAAAUGCAAAUGAUAUGCAAGGCACUUUUACGUGUGCAUUAAUGAUGUCACAUGCAAAAGUCACUCAAUUUAUUGUGCCAAUAUUUUACUCAUAGUGAUUUUUUUUUCUUUGUAGUUUCCAGGCAUUUUUUAAAAUUCAUUUUCUCAAACUCACUAAGACAUCACUUGCUUUGUUCUUUCGUUAAGUUUUGUUGUGUUAUGUGCAACAGAUGCAAAAACAAAUUCCUCUAACCUUAUUUUGUGUGUUUUUUAUAUUUUAUUCAAUUGCACCAUACUAUUAGUGGAUCAAAAUUUGGUAAAAUGCAAAAAUAAAAGUAGUUUAACUGUCAAAUAAAAUCAGUAAAUGUAAGUAGUUUGUUGUUGGCAACUAAACUGUUCAAACUGUAUAAAGUAUUAAAUAUUUGAACAUAU